UGCUGUGAAGAUGUUUUUCAAAGGAUUCAAUUUGAGGAACGGGCUCCCCGCCGCUUCCGGGUGAUUGACAGGCGGUGCCGCCGCCUAGUGCGCAGUGUAUGGCGGAUCGGGCGGCUGAAGAGUCGCGGCGGCCGUAUGUCAUGGAAGAUCGAAAUGAGAGGGGUAGAAAGAUGAGGCAGAACCCAAGCACAUCUACAAUGGACCAGAAAAGAGAGACAGGAAAAGCUAAAAGAAAAAGAAAACGGAGUAGAAGUAGAUCUUCUUCCGUGACUUCAACUUCAUCGUCUUCCUCAUCGUCAUCAAAUUCAUCAUCUUCGUCAUCCUCAUCAUCUUCAAGAAGUCAAAGCAGAUCGAGCAGUAGAGAAUCCCAGAAAAAGUCAAAAAUUAAAAAAAGGAAGAAAGAAAAACAACACAAAAAGCGAGGCAAAAAAGAAAAAAAGAAAAAGCAAAAGAAGAAAAAGAAUACAUGUUCAGGGCCUGUCCAGAUUUCUAAGUUUCUGAAAGACCGAGACAAAAGUGAUAAAUAUAGCAUGAUUACAGGAAAGAAGAUAAAAAUGAAAGUUAAGAAAACCAGAGGUGAUAAAGAGCGAGACCGAAAUCGAGCUGAACUUCUUCAGUUCCUGAACUCCGCUAUGUAGAGAAGAGGUGCAUCAGAGGGAUUUCUAAACCAUGAAAUGAAGGCUCUGUAAACAGCAUGGACUUUGAUACAGAAGGCCAAUGUGUGCUUGCACAGCUCAGGGAAAACCCCUUCAUAAGUGAAUGGAGGAGACUUUUAUAUUCCAGCGAUAAAGGUUGAAAUCUGACUAUAUGAUUUUGAAACAAUUAACAUAAAACAAUCUAACCAAGACUAAAUAUCCUGAAGGAUACCAUCAUUCUAUUACCAAAGUAGCCAUUUGGAAAAAAAGUUCUUAAGAAAGCUCAAAUUGUUUCAUUGCUUAGAAAUUGCUUAGUUGGGAAGAAUUGACUCUUCAGAAUUUUAUUCAGGCAAUGUUUACAAAAUUAUAUACAUUCCAAGUUUCUGAAAAAAAAAUACAAGGCACAUUAAUAAAACAUCAAUGAUAGAGGCAUUGGAUAUUACUUUUUUAAUGUCUUCUGUCUCAGGAGAUUAAAAUUUUGGAUUGAACUGUUUUGGUGAACCCCUAAUAAUUGAAUGCUUGCAUACAGUUUAAAAUUGGAAAUGGUCAGCAUUAAUUAGCAGAGGUUAACAAAAUGAAUGCAUCACGUCACCCUAUUUACAAAAAGGAGUGUUUUCCAAAUGGACAAAAACACACUGCACUUGAACCCCAUGAAAGGCUUGUCUUAGGUGAAAUAUAUCUUUAUCAUUUGAGAAGUAGUGAAAAAGAAUAGUAAGAAAUUAACUGCAUAUUGUGAUAAAAGAAAAAAUAGUAUAAAAAGCUGUGGAUGAAAUAUAGAAAAUUCAUCCCUUCAGACACAUGCAUUUCUCAUUGUGCAUGGUAGGUUGUGUCUAACCAAUGCUAUAGAGUUUUCAAGGAGUUUACCAGGAAAAGCAGUGGAUGUUAUCAACAUGGGCUUUACCAUGGCUUUUGACAAAGUCCCAUAUUGAUCAACAAGGUUUAGUUAUUCGUCAUUCAGGAUGACGUGAAAGCCAGAGGGUGGUAGUAGAUAGUUGCCUCUCUGACUGGAAGCCUGGGAUUAGUGGGAUGCCACAGAGGUUGGAGCUGGAUCAGUUGUUUUGUUAUCUGUAUCAGUCUGGAUGAUAAUGUGGUAAACUGGACCAGCAAAUUUGCAGAUGACACCAAGAUUAAUUGCACAGUGGACAAUGAGAAAAGCUAUUAAAGCUUGCAGCAGGUAUGGAGCACUAUAGUCCAGGUGCAGGUGGACGGAACUACUCAGAGUAAUAGUUCUGCAUGGUCUAGAUGGGCCAAAGGGCCUGUUUCUAUGCAGUAGUGUACUAUGACUCCUACGUUGUUUUAUACAAGUACUGUCAGAAAUAUUCUUGAUUAUCAAUUGAAAUCAGAAUAGGUUUAAUAUCACAGGCAUAUGUCAUGAAAUUUGGUAUCUUAGUGGCAGCAGUACAAUGCAAUUCAUGGUAAAUGUAGAAAAAUAAAUAAAUUUAAUAAUAAAUAUAAUAUAUAUCAGUUAAAAAUAGUAGUGCAAAAACAAAGAUAAUCAAAUAAGGUGAGGUGGUGUUCAAGGGUUCAAUGUCCAUUUAGGAAUUGGAUGGCAAAGGGGAAGAAGCUGUUCCUGAAUCACUGAGUGUGUACCUUCAUGCUUCUGAACCUUCUUCCUGAUUAUAACAAUGAGAAAAGGGGAUGUCCUGGGUGAUGGGGGUCCUUAAUAAUGGAUGUUGCCUUUCUGAGCCACCAAUCUUUGAAGAUUUCUUGGAAUUGAACUUCAAACUCUGCCCAGUGUCAUGCUAACUGCUACCCAGCAUGGUGCCCAGUUAGUAUGUAGGCCUAGAAGACAGUGUUCUUUGGCGGGGUUAACUUGGUCAUAAAAGACUUUGAAUGUUUUGUUAUCUCUAUUGCAGCAUACCCCGGCAGACAUUUCAUGUUCUUUACUCUUUAGACUUGGUAUUAACCAAAACACCUUCACCAAACCAUCUUUGUCCGCUUCCCCUGUGCUUUUUCAACUUUUCAAUAUGUCCAUAGCCUUAUCCCGACCUACUUUUGUAAUUUCUUUGAGCCUUCAACCCCUCUUAGCUACGUGUCAUCCUACAUUUCUGACUUCUUGGGCAUCACUCCACAUUCAGGCUGUUUCUAACUCUUGAAUUCCCUCUCUGGACUUUCCACUUUUUUUUCUCCCCAUCUCCGAGGCCUUAAGAAACCUUGUUGACAAAGUUUGUGGGUUUUUUUUUUACCAUAAUAUCUAUUAUAUAUUGACAUGGUUUUAAAUAUUUUGGCAGGAGGAUGGAAACUGGAGUGACAGGACUAAGGAUGGGGCGGUUGGUAUACAAUUUGAUGCAUUGUGUAGAGAGAUUUUGAGGAAGAACAGGCAGAUAAUAAGGCAAAAUUGAAGUCAGUGCGAUGAGGUGCAGUUUAACAGGGGGGCAAAAUCAAAAAUGGUGAUGAAUACAGGACUGAAGGUACUAUAUUUGAAUUGCUCGCAAUAUACAGAAUAAGGUAGGUGAUCUUGCAGCACAGUUAGAGAUUGGCAGGUAUGGUGUCGUGGCGGAAAGACGAUCAUAGUUUAAAAUCCAAGGAUACACAUUGUUUUGGUAGAGUUAAACUGCAAGGGUAACACAACCCUGAUGGGGGUUAUUUACAGGCCUCUGAACAGUAGCCAGGAUGUGGGAUACGAGUUAAAACAGAAGGUAGAAAAGGCAUGUGAUAAGAGCAAUGUUAUGGUAGUCAUGGGGGAUUUCGAUAUGCAGGUAGUUUGGAAAAAUGAGGUUGGUGCUGGAUCCCAGGAGAGGAAAUUUGCAGAGUGCCUAUGAAAUGGCUCUUUAGAGCAGCUUGUGGUUGAGCCCAUUAGGGGAAAGGCAGUUCUGGAUGGGGUGUUGUGUAAUGAACUGGAAUUGAUUAGAGAGCUUAAGGUAAAGGUAGCCUGAAGAGACAGUGAUCAUAAAAUGGGAGAAUUCACCCUGGAGUUUGAGAGGGAGAAAUAGUCACAUGUAUCAGUAUUACAGUAGAGUAAAGGAAAUUACAGAGACACGAGAGGAGUUGGCCAAAGAUGAUUGGAAGGGGACACUAGCAGGGAAGAUGUCAGAACAGCAAAGGUUGAAGAUUCUGGGGGAAAUUUGAAAAAAUAGAUCCCGAAGAUGAAGAAAUAUUCAAAACGGAGGGUGACACUGACAAUGGAAGUCAAAGCUAACAUGAAAGCAAAAGAGGGGACAUAAAAUAGAGCAAAAAUUUGUGAGUAGUUAGAAGUUUGGGAAGCUUUUAAGAACCAGCGGAAGGCAACUAAAAAAAAGCUGUACGGAGAGAAAAAAUAAAAUGUGAAGCUGAGUUAGCCAAUAAUAUAAAAGAAUGCCAAAAGAUUUUUCCGAUAUUUAGAGAGUAAAUUAGAGGUGAGAGUGGGUAUCAGACUGCUGGGAAAUGAUGCUGAAUAGGUAGUAUUGGGGGACAAAAAAAUGGCCAACAAACUUAAGUAUUUUGCCUGUCUUCACAGUGGAAGACACUAGCUGUAUGCCAGAAAUUCAAGAAUGCCAGGGGGCAGAGGUGAGUUACUAUUACUACGAGAAUGGUAUUUGGGAAGCCGAAAGGUCUGAAGGUAGAUAAGUCAAAUUGGACAACACCCCAGGGUUCUGAAAGAGGUAGCUGAAGAGAUUGUGGAGACAUUAGUAAUGAUCUUUCAAGAAUCACUAGAUCCUGGAAUAGUUCCAGAUGACUGGGAAAUUGCAAAUGCCACUUUAUUCUUUCAGAAAGAAUGAGGGGAAAAGACUGGAAAUUACAGGCUGGUUAUCCUGACUUUAGUGGUUGGGAAGAUGUUCGAUUCUAUUAUUAAGGAUGAGGUUUCAGGGUACUUGGGGGGGGGGACAGGCGGGGGUCAUGAUAAGGUAGGCCAAAGUCUGUAAGGGAAAACGUUGCCUGAGGAAGUAACUGGCAGGAUAGACAAAGGAGAGUCAGUGGAUGGUCUUUACUUGGAUUUUCAGAAGGCCUUUGAGAAGAUGUUGUACAUGAGGCUGCUAACAAGAUACAGGAAAGACUUUAGAAGAAUGAGGGGGAAUGUCAGUGAAUCCUAUUGAAUAUUAAAAGGCAUAGGUACAGUGGAUGUGGAGACGGUAUUUCCUGUAGUGGGUGAGUCUAGUACGAGAGGGCACAGUGUCGGAAUAGAGGGACGUUCUUGGGGAGAAGGCAAGAGAAUGGGGUUGAUAGGGUUAAUAAAUCAGCCAUGAUGGGAUGGUGGGGCAAACGGAAUGGGCAAAGUGGCCCAAUUCUGCUCUUGUCUUAUCUCCUUAUUUAAUCAUACUUAUUUUUGUUUGUGAUGUGCCUUGGGAUAUUUUGCUGUUUUAAAAUUGUUUUUCGUGUUUUGAGGAUGGCAGUCUGCACUGUUUGAUAGCGUUCUGUGAAAGAUAAAACUUGGCCACAUUUCACCUGCAGUUGCAACUAUUUUUGUAAGAUAAUAAUUGAAGCUUACAAACAUUGAAUGAUGGUGCAAUGUUUAGGUUUUUCUCAAGGGCCUAAUUAGAGCUUGUGCAUUUUGUUUUUUGAUGGACCUAAAGUCUUGUUCAAGAAAAUGUUGAUCACUGAUAACUUGGUGCAUUUAUAGCACCAAAGUUUCCUGUAAUUGACAAUUAAUUUACUCUGGAUAUACAGUAGGUGUAUGAAAGUAAAUGCUUAUGAGUCAUCACUCAGUGUUUUUAUGCUAGAUAACUUGAGUACAACACAAUAGAUGUAUGGUAGCAUAUUUAUUGUGAUAGCAAUGAAAUGAAACAAAUAAUUGACUCACUGGUGUAUACAAAUCAGAAGGGAGGCUUUUUUCUUGGCAUUAGUACCACAGUAAGUACAGAAAAUCAAAAUGGCAGAUGCUGAAAGCCUAAAAUAAAAACACUGUUUGAAAUUCUCAACCGCUCAAGCUGCAUCUGUAUCUCUUGCUCGUGAAGAAGUAUAUCGUCGCAGGAGUGACUAUGCCAUAGAAACGCCCAAGUAAAGUGUUUUACAGUGUAAGUUUAAUUAUCUAGAUUUUGCAGCAGGAGUGAGCGCUGUCUGGCCAGCAAUCACUUGUAAAAUGUUUGGAAAAUUACUUUUGGUCAUCUCACUGGAAACUUGAAAAAUCACAGAGAGCAUCCUUUGGUGAGGACCUGCACAGCAAAAAGGGGCUCCAUGCUAGAGUGGGGUCAUGCCAGGUGCCAAAUCUAGCCCCAUGCACAAAAAGUGCACCUGCUCACCCUCACAUCACUGACAGAUAGAAGUUUCAUUAAAUCAGGGUUUUAGAAACUAGCAGAACACACCUUAAAGGUGUUCAUAAACUUUAAGAUCAUAAAUGAAUUUGAAAAAAAAUAAAACACAAGGCUUUAAAAUGGUCUAAAAUAAUUUGUUAAAUGUUUCUAAAUAUUUAGAAUAAAUAUAAUGUUUUAACUAUGAAUUUUUUUUAAUUACCCAUGACUGUUUCAGCUGCUUUAUGCCAUUCAAACCAAGAAUCCCAAGAAUUAACAAAAACCUAUACCUUGCAGAGAAUUCUUCAAGGGUGAAGUACCAGUGUAGAGUAUUUACAGCAGAUUUUCACUUGUAUGAACUCCAGAGUCAGAAUAAUUGCUACCCAUGCACUCCAUUUGCAAAUACCUGCACAGAAGUCCUUAAGUUGCUGUCAGGCACAAAGACCGGUACAGUAUCAGCAUUUCCACAUAAAAUCUAUGCCAGUAUCUAGUGUAACCCUCUCACUGGGUUCGUAUGCAAACUUAGCUCAUUAGCUGGCUCCACGAACAGCCGUGUGACUUUUCACAAACAAUAUAUGUCCAGGGUCAGUAUGAUUUGGGGUUCAACCAAGCUGGAAUGUUGUGAUGUUCUGAUUAAAGAAACCUCAAUCUGGGCAAAUGCUGUGUAAAUACUGCCCAUACACAUUUGUCGGUCCCUUGACCUUUUUGUCCUUCUGCCAAUUCAAGUCAAACUUUCCUGUUCUACUUUAACAACAGUUUUCCUCUUCCUUUAUCCCCCACUACCUUAACAAUAAUUCUUUGUAAUACACCUUAAACUUCUCCCCUCCUCUGUAUUUUUCAUCCAAGAAGUGCCAUUUCAUUCAGCAUCAAAUUUCUUCUCCAAAAUGUAUCACACUCAACAGUUCCCUAUAUUCAUCCAUCUCCCCAAUUUAUUUUUGCGUUUUAUAUGAAAUUUUAUUUCCUGCCACUCAAACAAAAAAUGACCAAAUUAUCGUAUCCACUACAUGUAUCAACCUUACUUUAUCCUUAAGAAAUGUUAUGGAAUUGCUUGCUGCUGCUUGACAAGAGAAGUAAUCAGGAAAGUACUACAGGCACAUUAAUGUGUCAUCUCCUCCCAUUCAGUAGAAUAAAUUAAAAAGAAAUGUACAGAUAUAACUAUUUCAUGAUAAAAGAUUAGACCUGACAUGCUAAAUAUUUCCAGCAUUCUGUGUAUUUUAGACUUCCAUCAUCUAUAGUUCCUUUCGAGUUUCACUUUGAAGAUUUCAUGACCAACUAAGUUGAAGUGUGUUUUAUUCUGGCAGCUGAGGACCUACUGCUGGCAAAACAUAAUGGUUAGCAGAAAGUCACCCACUCUCUCUGCUGAUCUGUGAAUGAAGACCACACUUUGUGCUUCUCAAUGAGAACUUUCAGGAUGAGGGCAGCCAGAUUCUCAGCUGUACAUGGAUUUUAGCCUUUGGAAAACAGGAGUGUAUGAGUAUGGCCAUGUUGAGAAAGAAACACAGGAAAGUAUUCCCAUUUAAAUGUCAGUAGUUCAGCAUUUGUAUUCCAUGCUAUAAUCAACAUAGAUAUCUGAUGAGACACCCUACACAUAACUGAAUUUUAUCAUUGCACUCAAAUAGAAUCAUGAGGGAAAGGACAAUUGGAAUUGCAAAUAAAAUGGCAAAAUCCAACAGAUUCGUUUUAAGUUUGAAAGUCCAGUUUUUAUUCUGUUUUUGUAAACAGUUAACAAAAAUAGAAAUUUUAUUAUGUGAAGAACUUUUUGCAUAUAUUUUGAAUUUUGAUAUGACUGCCACAUGGAGGAUUUUCACAAUAAUCCUAUUGCUGAAAGUGGCAAAAUUUAUGUUUUUGGUCUAUGAAGGAACAAGCAAAAUUCUGUUCUUUUGGAUCUCACCAUUAAGACAAAAUUAUUUUAAAGAAUUAAUGUGAGUUUUACAGGGUGACUGAGCAGUAAAUCCUCUUUCUGAAUUUUUAUUGAAAAGAUGGUAAGUUGUAGUUGCUAAGUGUUCAUACUGAAAUGUCUAUUCCUCAACCUCUCAAAAUGCAGAGCAACUUUUCCUGUAAUAGAAAUAUAUGCAUGUUCACACUCUGUCCUGCAAACUUGCCUCUUCAUUCUUUAAUUUUGCAAUUGAAGUAAAUAUUCUGAUGUGAUGGUUCUGCUUAAUUGUCACUGUUUGAAAAACCUAUUUAGAAACAUAGAGAGAGAGCGCCCUGCUGGCAGCUGAUGGGGUAACAUAUUUUUGAACUUGCUCCUACCUUAUCUAUCUUUGUUCCCUACCAGUUUUUUUAAACCUUAUUAUAAAUCUCAAUAUUGCUCUAUUAUGCCUUUGAGAAAGACUAAAGCCUCUGCAAAAGAAAAAGAAGAUGAUUCUCCAACCACUUUGGAAUCAAUUGGAGAUUUCCUUAAAAAGCAAAGAACAGAACUUUCUGAGGAAUUUCAACAUCUUAACGUCAAGUUGGACGCUAUUCAACAAACUCUAAUCAAACAUGAUAAGUGAAUUAAGGAGAAUAAAGAAACUUUGUCGAUAUUGGAAGUGGACUUAGAAGACAUGAGUAAGCUCUGCAAAAAAUUAUCUUAUCUAAUGAAAAAUUAACAAAGAAGAUUACCAGCCUGGAAAGCAGAAGCAGAAGGAACAAUCUACGUAUUCUGGAUCUUGAAGAAUCAAUUGACGGUGCCCACCCCAUGGAGUUCUUUGCAAGCUUUCUGAAGCAGCUAUUCCCUGAUUUAUUGCCGUCUCUGCCUAAGUUGGACUGUGCCCACCGGUCACAGGCCCCGAAACCAAAGUCGGGGGAGCAACCUAGGUCGGUUAUUUUAUGUUCUCAUGAAUUUAAUACUAAGGAGCUUUUAAUCCGUCACACCCGUCAAGUAGGAAUGAUUGAUUACAACAGGAAGAUGAUCAGAUUUGUGGAAGAUUAUACACCGGAGGUUAUGGCUGAACGUGCAAAUAUAAAGAAGUUAUGUCACUGCUUUAUAACAAAGGGUUUAAGCACUCCCUUUGCUUCCCCACAUGUCUUUUAAUUGUUCAGAAAAAUGGUGUGCAGGAAUGGCUGGGAUCGGUUGAACACGCACAGAAGUUUUUUGAAAGCGGAAGAUUAAUU